AUGCUUGGAGGUCAUCGAAUAUAUUUGUUACAAGUAUGUAUCAAAAAAGUGGACUAUGAACGUACUAUUACCAAUGGAAACAGUGAUUAUCGGAACAAAAAUAGAAAGGAGGGAUUCUCUGUUUUCGAUGCAACACAAUUCAUGUUGGUUCUAGUUAAUGUGAUGCUAGGUGGUAGUGCAAUGCCCGAUGUAAAUGCAAUGCUCGCUGGUAGUGCAUUGUCCGAUGUAAUUGCAUUGCUCGGUGGGAAUGCAUUGCUUGGUGGUAAAGCAUUGCUCAGUGGUAAAGCAUUGCUCACUGGUAAAGCAUUGCUCAGUGGUAAAGCAUUGCUCACUGGUAAUGCAUUGCUGGGUGAUUAA